UCGAAAUGGCUGUAACAAUUCAAGUUCUUAUUAGUGCUUUCAUAGCAAUCUACGCUGCCCAAAUUAAGUCAGCAAAGAUUGUACUUUACCCAGGGUUAGGAAAAAGUCACAUAUUGCAUGGGAAUGACACGAAUUGGACAGGAACUCGUGAAACGAAAUCAUAAGGUAACUAUUCUCGUGGGGUCCCCUGACAAGGUGAAGAAAACCAUUGAGCUGACCUACGCGACUUACAAAGUUCCAUAUGAAGAGGAUUUCCUGGAAAAACACAUGGUUCAAAAUGCUGUGRAAGGAAGUAUAAGGAAUUGGUUCUUUGGAAACAGUAGCCCAGUCGUUAUUUUUGAAGUAUACUGCAAAUCUUUACUGAAUGACAGCAAGUUAGUAAAUUCAUUCAAAGACUUCGAUUUGCUGAUAAKUGACGCUGCCUUUUAUUGUGGAGGCCUACUAGCAGCACAUCUCGGAAUCAAGCGAAUUGAUUACUACCCGUAUCCUCCUCGGUUUCCACGCAGCUUUUCACAAGAUGARRCUUUUCUCACGUUAUCUUAUCUACCACAAAUGCUCUCGCGGAAUCCAGAGAAAAUGACCUUUUUGCAACGGCUGAAAAAUGUUGCGGUGUUUUGGGGGAUGCAAGGAAUGUUCACGGUUUUAUUCCAACCAAUGUACACGCGCCUUAAAGUGGAAUAUGCAAUCAAACCAGAGAAAAGUUUUUCUGACAUCGUAAACGAUAAAGAAUUGACUCUGUUCAUGUCAGACUUUGCAUUUGAAUAUCCUCAGCCAUUGAGGCCAGAUUACAAAUGCAUUGGGCCUGUUACUAUCCAGCACGUCCAGCCCCUCCCCCCUGAUCUACAGCAGUUGAUUGACAGUUCUGGUGAUGAAGGAGCCAUCAUCRUAUCAUUUGGAUCCAACGUGGCUUCAUUGUUUGAUAACGACAAAGUUGACAUCAUGGCUGAGGCUUUUGGUAGAUUGAAACAGAAAGUUAUCUGGAGGCUGAAAGGUACAAUUUUUCGAGAGAAAGCUGAAGGCAUUUCACGCCUGAUCAAAGAUCAUCCACGUAGCGCGGUCCAGGAGGCUGGUAACUGGAUAGAGUACGCCCUUAGACACGAGAGUCUUGCACAUCUACGUCCGUACUCUAGUCAACUUGCCUGGUACCAGUAUUUUCUGGUAGAUGUAGCAGUGUUCCUGGUCUUGGUAGUUUUGGUGGUGAUUAUGGUGAUAAAGUACACAGUUCGAUUAAUAUGCUGGAUGUGCUGUCGACGAGACAAGAAACAGAAAACUCAGUAACAUUUUUACGUCUUUGCUUGAUUUUUAUUGAACUAUGUAAUGAUCAUGCAAUGAUCAAACUAGUAAAAAACACAAAAACCUUU